GAGCGUGCAGUCUGGGAUCAGCACAGAACCUCACAUUGAGGAAACAUCCCAUCCAGCAGAAUGACAAGUCUACUCCUCCUCCUCCUGUCUUGUGCAGCCCUGGCUGCUGCCUUCCCAGCUGCUCCACAAGAUGACCAAGAAAGCAGAUACGCACAAUUGGCAGAGAAAUAUCUAACAAAGUUUUAUGACCUGAAACCUACUGGGGGCAAAGUAGGGAGAAAAAAUAUCAAAAACCCCUUCACUGAAAAGCUUGAAGAAAUGCAGAAGUUUUUCGGUCUGAAUGUAACUGGAAAACUGGAUCAUAAGACUGUAGAAAUGAUGGAGAAGCCUCGCUGUGGAGUCCAUGACAUCGGCCAGUACAGUACGGUCACAAAAAGCUCUGCCUGGCAAAAGACAGACCUGACCUACAGGAUUUUGAAUUUCACACCAGACAUGCCUCAGGCAGAUGUGGAGAAUUCCCUGGCAAGAGCUUUAAAAGUGUGGAGUGAUGUCACCCCACUGACCUUUACCAGAGUCUAUGAUGGCGAAUGCGAUAUUGAGAUCAAGUUUGUAGUUGGAGAUCAUAAGGAUAACUCUCCAUUCGAUGGACCUAAUGGGGUGUUAGCUCACGCAUUUCAGCCUGGUAACGGCAUUGGGGGGGAUGCUCACUUUGAUGAUGAUGAACAAUUCACAAAAAACAGCCAAGAAUACAAUCUGUUUUUGGUGGCGGCUCAUGAAUUUGGACAUUCACUUGGUCUUCACCAUUCUGAAGACCCCGGUGCAUUAAUGUACCCUAAUUACCCAAACACAGACCCCAACCGGUUCAAGCUUCCUCAGGAUGACAUCAAUGCUAUCCAAUAUCUCUAUGGCAAGACCUCCGAUGAAGUUCAGCCAACAGGACCCACCACCCCCUCCAAAUGUGACCAAAACCUUGUGUUUGAUGCUGUCACCACCCUCCGAGGAGAAUUAUUUUUCUUUAUAAACAGGUUUAUAUGGCGUAAACAUCCACGAGGGGGUGAGGCUGAUCUGCUUUUUAUCCAGAACCUGUGGCCAACUUUACCCAAUGACAUUGAUGCAGCUUAUGACAAUCCUAUUACUGGAGAAGUUCUUGUAUUUAAAGGGGACAAAUAUUGGACUCUUGAUGGAUUUGAUGUUUCACAAGGCGCUAGAAGCAUCACCAAGUUUGGAUUCCCUAAAAACGUUAAGAAAAUCGAUGCGGCUGUCCAUGUGGAACACCUGGGGAAGACUUACUUCUUUGUGAAAAAUAAGUACUGGAGUUAUGAUGAAGACAAAAAAGCAAUGGAUGCAGGAUUUCCAAAGUUCAUUGCUAAAGGAUUUCCAGGAAUGAGUCCAAAUAUCGAUGCUGUGGUUUAUUACAGAGACCUUCUUUACUUCUUCCAAGGAACAUCACAGUUCCAGUACAGCAUUGAGUCAAAAAGAAUCCUCCAGGUCCUGGCCACCAACAGCUGGCUGGGAUGUUAAAGACAUCAACACAGCAACUGAGCCUUAAAUGCCUAUAAUGCCUACAUUUUUUUUACAAAUGUGAAUUGUAUAAUCUCUAUAUUUAUUAUGUGAAUAAUCAAGAAAGAAUUUGAUUGUGCAAUGUAUAGUAGGACAUUUUUCUUAUUGCCUAAAUAUAUGUGGUUAUUAUUUUUUAUAUUUUGUAUUAAUUAAGUAAUAAAUUAAUUAUUUUUUGGGUUAAA